AUGGUAAUCAAAGGCCUACUUACUGUCUCCAACACCCACAACGAAUUCUCUAACCCUAUACCAUUUUCUCUCCGGAAAAAGAAAAAAAAAUCACCGCAAUCGUCUUCAUCGGGAUGCUCUCAUAUUGCAAUCGGGAGAGAAACCCAUAGGCAUAUUCGACAACAAUUAAGAACGGGGGGAAGUUCAAUGAUUAUCAACUGAGAGAUAGAGAUAACUACGAGUGUCGUUUUGUUGAUAUCAGUAUUGUUCACAAUAUAAAGAAGUAGUGUUGCUGGUGCUGAUCGACGUUGCUGGUGGGUUGGAGUGGCCAUGGUACUGUGAUUUAAUAAAUAUCAGCCCUAAAACUUCUUAUUUCCUGCCAUAUAUCAAUCUUGAAGGUAGAUCUUUGAGUCUUAAGUACGAAUCUUGAAAUUAGUUAUGCAUGUUACAAAU